AUGUAUUUUAUAGCAAAUCGUAUCACUCGUGUAUCAUCCUGUUUCCUUUAUUGGCAUUAUCAUGGUGAAACAUACGGUAUAAAUGUAGUUUCGGCUGAUGAUUGUGAUCGAUUCUACAGAAUUAUCAAAGGUUGUUAUGAAGCGUCAAAUUGCACCACACGUGAUCAUCUUCCUACAACAUCGAUGUCAUCAUCUAAGCAAUCAACUGUCAUUCCAGC